GUGAUCAGGACAUGCGGUGCUAGCGAGCCGCUGCGACCUUAAUUGGAAUCGUCAUCACAGUGCCUGAGUAUUGAAUAAGUCCAACAUGGCGUCUCCCACACGUACCACCACCACUUUGCUCCUACUUCUGUGCCUAGUCACGCCCCUCUAUGCUUCACCUCUCUUCUUCGGUAAGGGCAACAGCAACACCAACAGAGGCAGCAGCACUAGCAGCAGUAGCAGCAGCAGCAGCAGUAGCAGCAGCAGCAGCAGUAGCAGUAGCACCAACGAUGAUGACUUCGCCCUGGACUUCAGCUUGUCCACCGAUGAACAAGUGCCGGAGCCUGGAUUCUUCGAGCGCAUCGCUAGCGGGGCGAGGCUUGUCAAGGCCUUCAUUAGGAGCUUCAUAACUGUCAUCACAAACCGCGACCAAAGCUCUGACGAUCGCAAUCUCGACGCAGUAGCGGCAGAAAGCGAGUUAGCUGAUUUCGAUCCCUUCGGCGUGGACCCAUCUGACACGGAUAUCGAUUUCUUCGCUGAUCUUGACAACCCCUCAACCAACGAGGUCGUGCCUUCCUUGACGGCUUCAGGUGCAACCCUUCGCACUUCGAACAGUCGCAGCAUUGACUCUAUUUCUCCAGCAUCGGGAGUGAAUUCUACAGCUAUAAUUACAUCGGGUAGUACAUCUGCAUCUGGAACUUUAGGCUCAACGGACAAUAAUCUGGUCAAUAUCGAUAAUGUGGCUGAGAAUACUGCCGCUGAGAGUGGCCAGAACUUUGGAAAUUCCAAGGUGAUUCGGGCUAAACUGAUAGGGUUCAGUUCGUCAACAGCAAAUAGAAGAGAUGCUACGACUCAAUGAUGAUGAUGUCAACGAAAAGCAGAUUUUACCUGAUAAGACAAAUUUAUCUGUCGUGAAAGAUUCAUUUUGAAUGAUGAAUACAUCGACAAUGAUAUAAGAAGAAAGCACAGGAAUUAUGUUUAAGAUUUUUCAAGCUUUCGGGACUUGAUCAACGUUCAUUUCAUCACUUAAUUGUUUUUAUUAAAAACAUGAAAACAAAUAUGAAAUGAUAAAAAACUUCCUAGAUGAUAAUUUUUAUAUAUUUAAGUACCAAACAGCUGUUCCCAAGCAGGUGGGUAUAGAAGAGCUUUACAGAUUUCAAAUCUGCCCAAAUGUCUGUGGAAACUGCUUUGCAGCGAGCAAUGCGUAGGUAUAGUAGAGAAAUUAAUCGGUUAAGUAUUGAUGCUCAAUUUACCUGUCCACAUGUUCUCAUACAAUAAAACUUAGAUUUCGUUAAGUUAAACUUCAAGCCGAUUAAAAAAAGACGACUGGUUGUCAUUUUUGAUGCUCAAGAUCGUUUCAAUUUAUUUGAUAUCGUUAUCAAAUAAAUAAUAAAUAAAUUCCUGAUAUUCAUAGGUAAUUGCAUUCGAUUCUCCGAAUGCUCUUUUCCUUUUUUUAAGUUUCGUGGGAGAUGAAUAUCCGCAAAUAAACGGCUUUUCUUUUAUCUAUAAAAUAUUUGCAGAUGUCAACCAAUAUUUGCUCUGUAACUUCUUUAAUAAAAAUGACACACAAUUUUAUUAACAACUUUCCCGUUGCCUAUUCUUAUGUGCAAGGCU